AUGGCCAUAAACGCAUUCAAUCAAGAAAUAGAUGAGGAAGUUCCAAAUUGGACGCCAAGAGCGUUACCUGAAAGAGUUACUCUUAUUGGGAAGAGUUGCAUCCUCGAACCAUUAGAUUUAGAAAAGCAUAGUGAAGAUCUUUUGGAUGCCUUCAAUUUGAUGGAAGAUGAUAGAACUUGGACAUAUCAACCAUUCGGUCCCUUCACUGACCUUCAGGACUAUAAGAACGCUUGGUCCACAUUACAAGAAGGUACUCAAGAUAUACAUUUUGCAAUUAUCGAUAUCAAGACAAAGAAACCUGUCGGUCAGCUUGCAAUAAAGCAUCCAGAUCACAUAAAUGGUAUUGCAGAAGCAGGUUAUGUUACGUUUUCUCCAUUGCUACAACGUACAAAGAUGUCCACAGAAGCUCAUUACCUUUUGGCUUGUUAUGUAUUUGACACUUUAAAAUAUAGAAGAUAUCAAUGGCAAUGUUUCGUUCAUAAUACUCCUUCUCGUAUAGCUGCCGAAAGAUUAGGGUUCCAGUUUGAAGGUACUCUGAGACAAACUGCAGUGAUUAAAGGAAGGAAUAAAUCAGCUCAUUGGUUUUCUAUUCUUGAUUCAGAAUGGGAUAUUUGUCGUGAAGCUUUCGAAAAAUGGUUAGAUGACUCUAACUUUGACGAAGAUGGCAAACAAAAAUUGCGUCUACAAGAUAUUAGAAAAUCACUAUUGGUGUGA